AUGGGUCAGAAUCUUUCGGAUGAGCAUCCGCAACGGCGGUCGCAUGAAGAAUUAACCCAUCAACUUGCUGAAAAGUUCAAGAAGAAAUGCUUUACUUCCCUCGAAUUGUACUCUCUCAGAGAUGUCUUCAAAAGUCUUGCAGACCAGCAGGACUCUAUCAAGUACCUCAAGGAGGAUACCAUUGCCCGGUACUUGGAGAUACCAGAUAUCCUCGGCACCUCACCAGUGAUAUUUCAGAUGGUAUCUUAUAUUGGAGCAUUCCCCUUUCUACAGGAAGCACCAGUAGUUCUGGAACUUCAGCGGAUGAUCAUGGUUGUGGUCAUCAUGACUGAGCGCUACCGGACUGUUUUGGCGCGUGGCUCGGCAGACAGGACUAAACUUCUAUUCAAAAGCUUAGCCGUAUUUGACCGCAAGGUAUCUGAAGCAGGCUUUCGACCAGAUACCGAGACCUUGGAUAGCCCUAAAACAAAGGACCAUCAUGAAGAGCCCAACUCUCAGACACCUGGCUUCGCCGUCGACGCAGCUGGCGAAGAUGAUGAAGAAGACGACGAAGACGACGAUCUUGUCUUGACAGCUUUCGAAUUACUGGACGUCAAGGACGCAGUGGACCAGGGCCAUGCGCCAAUCUUUCAUGGCGCAACAAUCCCGACAGACAACUUUCGGAAGCUCGUCAUGCUUCUCUUAUUGGCGGCCCCAUUGGAUCCUCAGGAGAGUCUGUCGAUGUAUUCACACCGCGUGGUCGGCGAAGAACUCGAAGGUCUCCGCGGAGCUGCCGAGUGCAUUCUUGCCUCUUUCGUGAAUGCCGAAACGUCAACUGGCAUCAAGUACCACCAUUUCAGAACUAUCAUACCUGUGAUUUCACCUAAUCUUUUCCGUGGCUUCAAUGGUCUAUUCGAGCGUUUCCUCUUCUCCCAAAAUCUAGACUUUUCUAAACAUCAAAAUGAUACCCCGUCAGCAAAUUCACCACCCAAAACAGCACAGCCUCUACUGACCGAUACUGGCGAUAUACUGAACCAAAACACCCUUUCGCAGAUCUCACUGUUCCUCCCUGGUACGGACCUUUUCCGACGAGUCAGGUUACUGUACUCGGGUAAUGAUGCGGGCUUCUCUAUGGGAAGUUUCCAGACGAAGGUUUUCAACUGGCAAGCCCCUACGCUGCUGCUGGUAAGUGGAACGAGACUAGGGGAUGAGCCCGAUGGUGGUCAGGAGGCAAGCUUUGCGGCAUCUCUACCUCCAAAACGUUUCCCUCAUGGAAGCAAGUCCGAUCGACUCACGUUCGGUGUUUAUGUUCGAGAACCUUGGAAGCAUACUCAUCGAGAAUGCUUUGGAGAUGCCGAAACCACCCUCUUCCAGCUUGAACCAAUUCAUGACGUGUUCCCGGCCUCGACCAUCAAUAAGGACUAUGUCACGUUUACGAAGGCACCGGCACACCAUCCUAUGUUGUCAUUUGGUUGUUCUCAUCCACAUCCCUCUCAAGCUCACAGAAAGCCCGACAUGCUACACCUUGGCCCUGUGUCACUACUUCUUGACGAUUCUUUUGAAUUUGGAGUUUUUAACCAUGACUAUACUUCUCGAGGUGGUGCGUUCCAUUCAAGUGUAGUGAGAAAGCACGAUUUCCAGGACCGGUUCCAGAUUGAGAGUCUGGAAGUUUGGGGCUGCGGCGGUGAUAAGGAAGCACAAGCUCAAGCCGAGAAAUGGGCUUGGGAGGAACGAGAAGCAGAAGCCCGCCGCAAGAUCAAUUUAGGCUCCGGGGAUAUAGAGGCUGAUCGAGCAUUACUGGAGAUGGCAGGACUGAUUGGGGGAAACCGAAGUGGAGGUUCAAUGACAUAG